CAUCUGAAAGUUGUCGGGACACACCCACAUUUUUUGUUUUAUUCAUGAGUUCACCCUCUGCCCUUUAAAUUUUCGCCUUUUCCGUCAGAAUUAGCAUGGACCCCAAGUGCGUCGUGAUUUUCAGUGGCAAGAGGAAAAGCGGAAAAGACUUCAUCACCGAGAAACUGGUCGAAAUCCUGGGAAAAGACAAUGCUACAAUAGUGAGGAUUUCCGCACCGAUUAAGAAACACUGGGCUGAGCUGCAUGGUCUUGAUUUGAGCCAGCUACUGGACUCGACGUCGUACAAGGAGCAACACAGACUGGCCAUGAUUGAGUGGAGCGAGCAGGAGAGGUCCAAGGACUACGGUGUCUUCUGCAGAUCUGCUGCCUCUGUCGCCAAAGAAACUCUGAAGCCUGUUUGGAUCGUAAGUGAUGCCAGGAGAAAAACAGACCUCAAGUGGUUCCGAGAAAAUUUUGGAUCAAUUCUGAAAACCGUCCGAGUUACUGCUGACGAUGACAUCCGCGCCCAGAGAGGCUGGAAUUUUACUUCAGGGGUGGAUGACGUCGCUUCAGAGUGCGACUUGGACAACGUGUCUGGCUGGGAUUGGACUGUCUCUAACAAUGGCAAGACUGAAGCGAUUUCAGACUUCCUCCAAGAGCUGGAAGCUUGGAUUAAACAAAGUUUGUGACUGCAUUUUAUUCAAACCGACUGGACGGUACUCAAAUAUUGUACUUUUUAAGCCAGUUUUAUUGCUAUACCUCGAAAUGUGAGUGAACUGCUACUUAACCAUUUUAUUUUAUACAACAGUGUGGUUAAUGAAUACUCAAAGUCUGCAUUUAUCUUUCAUACGCACAUGCUGCAAUGUUUAUUGUGAAAAUAUAUUCUAUUCUCUCGUUACAAAAA